CAAGUAGACUUUGCAGGUAGUGGAACGCGCUGGGUGAAAGUUAGCGCGCACGGACACGGGCUCGAACCCGUCAGAGGCUCAAUCGCAAGAGGCGCGAAAAACGGCCUGCGACAUUGAAAGGGUCAACUCGUAGCGAAGCCUGGCGGCCGCUGUGGAUUACCCUACAGCUUCCACGCCGCUCCUGGGGAAGAGGGACGAAGAGAGAGGAGGAAAAGGAGGAGAGGGCGAACGAGGAAGGCGGAGAUACGUAACAUAAAAAACCUGCAGAGAGCCUCAAUGCCGAAGCAGAGGAGCCGAAACCAUGGGCGGCCAGCGUACAAUGCAGCAGGUUAAAACAUGACGCACAUUGCGCUAGUUGCUGUUCAGGUAAAGGCUACUGGUGUCGAGCACGAGCUUAAGCUCAUGCACACCGCCUCGAUACACACAACCUGCAGGCCUAGGGCUGACAGAAGAUGCAGGGUCAAGAGGGGCCCAGCGUCCGGCGAACUCCGACGCCGAAGCUCGGCGGAAGGCGGGCGCCGCCAUCCUGCAGCUGCCAGCCUGCGUGCGGGGCGGGCCCGCGCAGCGGGAUGACGAUCCCGACCCCGCGCUAAACAAAAAGAGACAUGCACAUGCAACGGAGCAGCCAUGCAGCUCGCAGACACAGAGCCGGAGGGAGGAGGAAGGAGGAGGAAGAGGCAAGCGCGGGAGGAAACAGAGGACAGAAGAGUUCGAAUCACCCAUGCUUGCGGCAAGGCGCUGAACCGCAGAUGAUCGCACGCCAACCGUUCUUGGCAGUGCAGCUGCGAAUCAAGUGGGAAACUAGCGCCAGCUCUACCGUGGUACCGAAGAGAAUCCAGCUGGCCCGGGCCCUCCAAGGUACGUUCCUCAAACGAGCCGCUCGGCAUCACUGGCAAGUGCUGCACUCGGGGGCCAGCAGAACCAGGAGCGAAACGCGCAGCUGCAGCAGCCGCUGCGCGUCGGCAACAAAGCGCACAGUCGUCCAGCGUCCAGUGCGCCCCUGCGACGCGGAGGAGGGGGAGGGAGGAUGAAGGAGAGGAGGCAGGACAAAGAGAAGCGUGCGCGCAGACAAACGCGUACCGACGCGGGUGCACCUGCAAUGCUGAGCAGCACUAGGAGGGAUAGGCACGAGAGAGAAUAUUUCUGAAAACUUGCCGCGAAGUCUUGCCGAGCCCGCGAGAAAUGUUGAGGAGAAGAUUGCGAAGGAGAGAACUCUGAAGAAGUGAAGGAACAGAGGAGAACAGGAGGCGGGAAAGGGGAGGAAGUGGAAUACACCUGGCGGUCCACGGGAGCCGGUCAAAAGGCCUAGUACCCAGGCUCCCGCUGCCACCAAGAAAAAAACGAAACUGAAUCUGCAACCAAAUGGUCACGACCCAGAGAUCGCCACAGCCGGGAUCCCCAGCACGGCACAUACCCGUCCCAACGGUAAGAGGAGGAUCUGGGUAAGUGCCGCGCGGGUGACCCGCGGCCUCGCCCUGCGCCUCGGGCGCCG